AAGAAACUGAUGGAGAGAUUCAGCAUUGAUGUUUUUACUGUAAGCUCCAAGGCUUUCUUCGAGCAGAAUCCAGUUGUGCAAAAACCUGACACAGAAAUCCCAAAGCUGCAGGAUGUUUUGAAGAAUCUUAACAAGAGCAUCAACCGAGAACUGGGCAGAGAUUAUGUCAAUGAAGCCAUGGGAGUUUUGUCCUUGAUACAAAGUUUCCUACCAAGUACAGAUGAAGCAUUGGUUCAGAAAAAAGCAGAAUUCCUUGAUGACCUGAAGAAGAAUCUGAAUGAGGCACUGAAUGAGUUGGAUUGUCAGUUUGAUAGCAUUCAGAAUAAUCUGGAUCAAUGUCUUUCAAAUGGUGUAUUAGAGUCAGUGCAACAAUCUCUUGAGAAUGCAAGGGCAGAAGUGAUUGCACCUGAAGAAGAUAACAGAGGAUAUCAUAAAAUACUUCAAGCUUUGUGCAAGAAUAAUGGCAGCUAUAAGUCAAAAAACCGUCAAAUAGAUCUCAACAAUUGUUUGGCCCGUCCAAUGAAGAACAACAUAAACGAGGAGUUCUCUAUUAUAUUUUCUGUCAAUGAAAAAACUGAAAAAUCAAUCCAAGAACAUCUUGAUAAAUUCAGUAUAAUCCAAAGAAACAAAACAUACGCCAGAUCUUCAAUGUUUCAUCACAUUCAGAACUUCAUCAAGACUCAGGAAACCAAACUGAAGGCAUCAUGCAGCAGAGAAAUCCUUGAGAAAAAGAAGGAAAUGUACGCCUCAAUUGAAACUACCAUCAAGACAAAAAUGACUCCUUGCUAUGAAAAAGCGGCAAAAGUAAAAGGAACAGGAUCAUUCAUGAAAAUGCAGAAGAUUCUCACAGAAACAAUUGAGUCAUUAAAAGAAGAAAUGUUCAGUGAGGUUAAAGAGGAAGUGCUUAAAAAAUUCAAAACCUUGAAGACAGUGAUAGCUAUCUAA